UUAUCCGGGAUAUACACACAAUAGGAUCCAAGAUGGCCGAGUUUGGAGCUUCAAACCACGGGGACUCUGCGCUGAAUUAUCAAGAAAAAGAGUUAAAUGAAAGAUUAAAGCGUCUCUAUCCAGCUGUGAACGAAGAUGAGACCCCACUGCCUCGAUCGUGGAGCCCGAAGGACAAGUACAACUAUAUCGGACUGUCACAGAACAAUCUCCGUGUACACUAUAAAGGACAUGGAAAAAAUCACAAAGAUGCUGCAUCCGUUCGUGCAACGCACCCGAUCCCCGCUGCUUGUGGCAUUUAUUACUUCGAGGUGAAAAUCGUGAGCAAAGGCAGAGACGGGUACAUGGGCAUCGGACUGUCUGCUCAGGGUGUCAACAUGAAUCGGCUCCCAGGUUGGGACAAACAUUCAUAUGGCUACCAUGGAGACGACGGACAUUCUUUCUGCUCUUCAGGCACAGGACAGCCAUAUGGUCCCACUUUCACCACUGGAGAUGUCAUUGGUUGCUGCGUCAACCUCAUAAACAAUACCUGCUUCUAUACAAAGAAUGGCCACAGUUUAGGAAUAGCAUUCACGGACCUGCCUCCUAACUUGUACCCAACAGUGGGGCUACAAACGCCUGGAGAAAUAGUAGAUGCCAACUUCGGGCAGCAACCGUUUGUGUUUGACAUUGAAGAUUACAUGCGGGAGUGGAGAGCAAAGAUUCAUGGUACCAUUGAGCGAUUCCCCAUCGGUGACAGAUUAGGGGAGUGGCAGACAAUGCUGCAAAACUCAUUAUGUGAGAAUUUGUUUUGCAGUUUGGUGUCGUCCUACCUGGUGCAUCAUGGUUACUGUGCGACAGCAACUGCCUUUGCCAGAGCAACAGGGCAGACCAUUCAAGAGGAGCAGAACUCAAUCAAAAACAGACAGCGAAUACAAAAGCUAGUUUUAGCAGGAAGAGUGGGCGAAGCUAUAGAGGCAACACAACAACUGUACCCAGGACUGUUGGAGCGUAACCCAAACUUGCUCUUCAUGUUAAAGUGUCGGCAGUUUGUGGAGAUGGUGAACGGUACAGACAGUGAAGUGCGCUGUUUCAGUGCCCGUAGUCCCAAGUCUCAAGGUAGCUACCCUGGAUCACCCAACAUGAGCCCCAGGCAUGGAGCCAAUAACUCUCACAUCAACAAUGCAGGAGCAGAUAGUCCAAACUGCAGCAAUGGGAUUGUGUCGUCAAAAAGCAAACCGAUCCACAACAAAUAUCCAGCUAUAAGUUCAUCGUCUUCAUCUUCUUCAUCCUCCUCUUCACCUUCCUCUGUAAACUAUUCAGAGUCCAAUUCUACAGACUCUUCCAAAUCCCAGCAACACAGUAGUACAAGUAACCAAGAAACCAGUGACAGUGAAAUGGAAAUGGAACCAGAGCACUACACCAAUGGAGUCUUGGAAAAUUCCUCGACUAGAAUAAUGAACGGCAGCUAUAAACACGAAGAAAUCCUGCCAACUGACGAGUCCAGCAUGGAGGACAGCUGCCCUCAACGUCAGCUUUGUGGAGGGAACCAAGCUGCAACCGAACGCAUGAUCCAGUUUGGACGAGAAUUGCAAGCUUUAAGUGAACAACUUUGCAGAGAAUAUGGAAAGAAUGCCACACACAAAAAAAUGUUGCAGGAUGCAUUUAGCCUGCUAGCGUACUCUGAUCCUUGGGGCUGUCCAGUUGGGCAACAGCUUGAUCCUAUCCAGAGGGAACCUAUCUGUGCUGCCCUUAAUAGUGCUAUUUUAGAAUCUCAAAAUCUGCCAAAGCAGCCACCAUUGAUGCUUGCACUGGGCCAGGCAUCCGAAUGCCUCCGGCUAAUGGCACAUACAGGGAUUGGAUCCUGUUCCUUCGCCAGAGUGGAUGACUAUUUGCACUAGCUGCUGUGGCAGUGGAAAGACCUCAGAUACUGCCCCCUCACCUCCUAUUCAAGACCUACAACAACCCUUUCCCUUGUCUCGAAGACCAUCGCACUGCCCACAAGACAGGUGCUGACUGAUCUUCUUUCCUGCCAGCAUCCUUGUUACAUUUUAUCAGGUUACACGACUGAAAGCAUUGCAUUUUGGAAGAGAUCAUGGGUGCAGUAGUGCACAGUAUAAAUGUAGCAUAUUCCGCUCUGAAUUCUUAGUCACUGAGCCACCAGUAUUUAACCCUGGAGGUUUUGUCCUGUGCUAGCCUCUGUUGUUUACUGGUUAUAAUUAGGGCUGUAACAAAAUUUACAUAUUUUAAAACUUCAUUCAUUUUAUUUAACAAGACUCAAGUAAUGCCUUGGAUUUAUAGCAGCAUUGUGUGACUCAUGCAGCUUCAACUCCAAGCCCCUCUUCCUUUAGCAUUAAAUCUCAUGGACACCCAAAGCUUUGGAGUGUACUAUUGCCAACACUUUAAUUCUCCUUUCUUUUCAUCCCAGUUUUUGCCAAAAAAUGUAACCAUGGAUUUGUUACAACCCUAAGAAUCAACCAUGUUUGGUUUACAUCUUCUCCAUAUUCUACCUGUGUAUAUUCAUGUGGAACAAUGCUGCUCGUUAUCACAUUGCUUUUUCGUUCUGUUAUUCAGUUACUCUUAUCAUAAUUUUCACUUGAGACUCUUUCUUUAAAAUGCACAUCAUGUCAUGUUAUUCCCACGUAUGUUUUGAACUUCCAGCUGUGAGUUCAAAUCACAUUAUUAAACUGACAAUUCCAAUGGGCCUUCCCAAACGAUAAUUUGGGUCAUUUGUCAGAAAGCAGUAGAAUUGGGUUGGGUUGCAAAGGAAGUAAUGGCAGGCAGACAAUGUGGGUGCAAAACUAGUAUGUAUCUGGAGCAAUCAAGGCAAAAGUUAAUUACAGUAGUUGAAGACGUACAUUUCUGUAAGUUUACAAAACUUUUCUUGUAAGGGUUUGCUAUAAAUCAGAUAAACCUCAAAGCUGGUUAACUGAUUCCAUUAAUGCCUGAUUAUAGCACUUCCAGCUUAGCACUGCAAUAUUGUUUAUUGAACAACUUAUUCUACUAAAUGUCAAGCUUUAGAGUCAUGUCAAUGUGGUUGUCCCACUUAAAAGCAAUGUUGACAGAUUAUUACCAUGUCAUUAAAAUAACUCAGAUAACAAAGCUCCACACAUGAACCAAGAAGCUUUUACAGCGCUGAAGAUUCUUUUAACAACCUCAAAUAUCAGGAAAAAAAGGAAUCUAAUUGCUUGAAAACCUGGCAGAUGUAUAGGUGAAGAAUUAUUCAGACAGAAUCAUAUUGCUAUGAGGACAAUCUAUGAUUUAAAGUUGUGAGUGAUUAUUAAAUCAUAGCCAGAAGAGAUGGAACGAGAGCUGCCGGGUGCCACUUGUGACAUGGGAACAGUUGCACAGAGCAGGUUCCCUAGGAGGAUGGAUUAAGGUGUUGCAUUUUACUAGUUUUUAAAUAGGCCAUUAUCCCCUCAGAUUUCCAUUGUAUUGGUGCUAGUCUAAGUUGGAUUCAGUGAGUUAUCUCCAGAAUUUGAUGCUAAAUACAAUUUCAUCAUAUCGUAAAAUUAAAUAAAUUAUGGUUCCAAGAAUUUCAAGUAAGAAAUGCAGUUAUUUUGGGAUCGGCAUACAUUUGCAGAUUAUAAUGAAGUAAUAUCUCUCCAAUAUUUGAGGUUUUAAUGCAGGAGGAUCCCUGCAUGAUCCUAUUCUAACUUGAUAUAUUUUGUGCUGUUGACUUGCCUGAAGCUCCUGUAAUAGAACUUGGUAUUGGGGGAACCAAAACAAUUAAAACAUGUAUGUUGCAAGAGAAGGUGGUGUGGUUAACCAUAAAAUCAGUGAAAAGCAGAAACCAUUUUGGCAAAAUAUGAAGGGAAAUGAGGAGCUAGUGACUGAACAAAGAUGAACUACCUGGGUUCAGAUAAUGCAUGCUGCCAUUUAAGGGCCUUUUCACAUUGUGGACAAGAAAUUAUCAGUUUCAUAAAAGUUAAAAUUAAUCAAACCUCUGCAAAGUACAGGAUAAGAUGAAUUAAGGAUAAGUGCAUCUGCAGGAAGCACAUUUUUAAUUAACUUCAUGGUAUUUUUCAUUUAGUUUCAUAAAUAUGAUGGCUAAUUGAAAUGGUUACAAUUAUGUUACUUUAUUUUAGAACAUCCAUUCCAUAUUUCUUUUAUUAUUUAUUUUCCCUGCACCUUUUCUUUUGCCAUCACCCCCCCCCCCCCAGUCCUGUAGGGCAGAUAAACUGUUUGCCAAGUUCCUUGCUAUUCCACAUUCAUCUGUCACAAGGAAAUAUACAGAACUGAUGGUAUUUGGAAUUUUCUUCUCAGCCUGUCCCUGUAACGGCUAACAUACAGUGAUGCCUCAUGACUGUCCAUUGUAUUACUCACUGCUGCAGCAUACAACGUGUUCUCCGUGGCAAAUUUUAUACCUCAAAAAUUCCAGCUUUAAAAAUUUUAGAUAUUGCAUUUGUCCAGGAAUUGCAGCAGCAUCACACACCCUGAUUAUUUUGUUUUAUUUCGGCAGUGUACAUUUUAAUAUUUAAGCACUUGUGCACUCCACAGGAGUUGAAGGAAUAGUUUUUGUUAUUAAUUCAAGACCCUUGCAGAUGCUUUGAGGAUGCUAAGUUUUAAAAGGUCAGGGUAUAUUUAAAAAGAGAAACAGUCCUCUUAUAUUUUUUUCUGAUCAAAUAGAUUUGAGCAGUUCUGUGCGCACAAAUUUAACACACGCCAGAUUGUAGAACAAUGACUGACAUACCCAAGUUUUAAUUCUUCACAUGGAUUGAGUAAUUUGAUCUCAGAGUUUUCUCCUAUCAUAUUUCCACAUUAGCUCCUGUUAUUUCUUGAUGGGAUAGUUUGUGGGGUUAGAUAGAUGUGGAUGGCAGGGUAAAGCUAAGCAAGUGGAAUUGUUCUGUUAUGCAUGGAUCUAUUUCCUCAUGCAUGCAAGAACUCAUACAUAGAGAAGACUAUUCAUUCACUACAAAACCAUAUUAGUUUGGGCCUGUGAUGAAAGGAGGAAGGCCAGCUGAGCCGACCAAAAUAUCAAAGAUAUCUGGAGUUAGGCUGCUUGUGCAUUACAUUGGAUAUUCUGGUCACUGUCUGACUGAGCUGAAUUUAUCUUAUGAACAUCCGACAUUAGUGUAGAUACUUCGAAGGUGUUCAUAAAAAUCAGAAACCAGAGAUAACUAAGUACAUGUUCCCUACAAAUGUGUAGUGGAACUUUAAAAGUAGAACAGAGCUUGCUACAGAAAUGAAUGGGAAAAGGGGGCAAUAACCUACUGAUGUUUGACAGCUACAAAACUGCUAGAAUUUUAUGGUCUAACUAUAGGAGACAGGUGAAGGAAUUCAGCUAAAUGUGCAUUCUUCUAACAUUUGGGUGCCAAUUUGAUUCCGCUAAAAUCAAUAGAAUCAGAUUUUGGAUGUGUAGUUCAAUGCACAGCUGCUAAUGUAUUGCACAUUUAACAAGCAUGAAUUUCAAUCCACAUGUUCCUUGUGCAGACUUAUUACUUCUAAAUUAAUUUGAAAGCUAUCAAUGCCUCUGCAUCAUCCAUGUCAGCUCGUUGAUCUUCUGCAUCACUUGGAUAUCCUAAGACAGUUUUCAAAUAAUCUGACCAUUUUGCAUUUUUGCAAGGCAUAUGUACAUGCAGAAUGAGCAACACAGGUGGUUUAAGGUGUUGUUUAGAUGUGCUAAUUUUGCUUUCAGCAGAAUAACUUAACUGCAUUAAUAUUCUAAUUUUAUGCAAUGUUUUCCAUAAUGUUCUUGAGGGUGUUGGAGCCCGUUUGAGUUCAGCUCUCAUCUUUUGGAAGAUUCUGUUUAUUUAAACAAAAGUAAGACAAUGUUAAUGAAUCUAACCUUAAAGUUAAUGCCUUGUAUUUUAAUUUGUCAGGGGUUGUAUGUGGAGUUAAUCCACAAUCUGAAUAUUAUUUUUUUAAUGACACUGAUGAUGGUUCACCUCUCAUCCUUAUCUCAUUAUUCUUGGCCUUGAUUUUGGCACAUUUUUGAUUAAGAACAGCAUUCAAGCCGACAUGGUAAUUUUCCACACGUUACAAGUUCAUUGACAUCACUGUGAAGCAUGUUACACACAAUACUCUCGCCACAAGUGGGGAGAGGGGUUUGACAAAAAUAAAAUAUUCUUCAGUCAGCCUCUACCCACUGUUAAAGCAUAUAUACAGUUUUUUUUUUAAUACUUCUAGGCUGAAUUACACCAAUAUAUUCACAGAUUUUUCUGAUUGUAAGAUUUGAAUUUAGAUAGCAGAUUAGGUUGGUUCGAGUUUAGUUCCAAUUGCUGGAUAGUUUUAUUUUCUGAAAGUUAAUCAGAAAAAGAAAGUAUGUCUCUUAUCUCUUUUUUAAAAAGUAUGACAUUAAAGUUAGUUUUUACCAUCUUAACAAAGCAAUUUAUUUUAACACCACAUUAACAUGAAUGAUAAUCUUUAGUCCUCCAUCUUAUUCAGUAUAUUGUAUUUACAUUUCAUUUUCCUUCGGUGGUUUGGGUUAUGUUUAGUAGCUUGGUUGUUUCUUUCGCUCAACCACGUCUUUCGAUCAAGAACCUGAAAAGUUAUGUUAGAAAAGAUCAACAAUUUAAGAAAAUAAGGAAUUAGGUCAACAAAAGAAGACUACAAGAUGUUAUGAUAAUGUUUUCCCAGAGCAACCGCUGGCAAGCCUCAGGGCUACUGUGACACAAUUUUAGCCAGAUGCACUGAAUUAAAUCAAAUUUUCCGUGCAAACAAUGAGAUAAAUGUUUUUGUAAAUAUUUUGCAUUGCGCACGCACACACAGCUACCACCAUUAGUAACCAAGGAAGUAAAGCACUCAAGGAUGAAAACUCUUGUUUUUGUCACCAUUUAAUAACAAAUAAUGGAGGAAUAAAAUACAGGUGAAUUUUCCAUAUGAAUAAAAGGCCACUAAAUUAGCCAUGUUAAUUCCCAUUUUAUCAGAUAUGGCUGGUGGUUUCAUAUAUCAGAUAAUGUUGUUUUGAGUAAUUAAGCAAAUAGUUUUUGUAAUGUUUAAUUCCCAGGUUUCCUUCAUGAGGUUUUCACUGGGCGCCGACCCAUUUGAAAAUAAAUUGUACCAGAAACAGAUGAUUGUCAUUUUCAAUUGGUAGGCAGCUCGUUAUCUGCUGCUGGUUUACAAUUUAAGGAUUGACACUAGAUUUCCCCUUAUUGGAAGUCCACCCAUCCAGACACAUAAAGUCGUGAAAUUUCAUUCAGAAUGACAAUGGCAUGCAUUUCUUAAAUUUUCAAAGAUAAAUUGAGUUUAAAGCAUUUUGCUUCUGACUGGUUGCUGUAAAACUAAAAUACACCGGCGAAUACCACAACUUGCCAAUUCCUACAUACUGUUGUUCCUCCAAAAAUAUUUGCAGUAAAAAAUUUAAAUGACAAAUGGAUAUUCAACUAAGUGUACACAAAGUUGAUUUAUUUGUAAACUGCUAUUGAAAAUCCUGAAAUAUUGUAAUUCAGCAACUUGAACUUGUAUUCAGUAUUGUGUAUUUGCAAAUAACUGAAAUACCAGCAAUCGUAGUGUUGGAAAGAGUACUGCUGAUUACUUGCAGUCUCAUCCCAGUUGUCACUGUUUGCUGGAAAACUGUAUUGUGUCGUAGGUAAGUGUGAAUGUGAGUGGCAAUUUCAUACUAUAUGAUAGGCUACUAAAAGCUUUGUAAAACCAUGUAAUUUUUUUUUUAAUGUCUAUCAAUCAGUGGCAAGGUUGAUGUUUUCACCUUCAAGAGACAAUCUGAAAUCAUUUUGAAUUAAAGUUUCUGAUUUCAUUUAAUGAUAUUUGUUAUUGGAAACAAUGUUGUUAAUUUGUAAAAUGUCUCACUAACGUCUUAAAGCUGCAAUUAUGCACCAAUUUAAUCUUCAUUCUGCUUUGCAUGCUUUCAGUCCAACUUUCCAAACCAUGCAGCUACUCCCAAUACGUGUUUCUGCUGAUGUCUGAGACGUUUCAUGGUUCUGGCACAUUGGAAAAAGUGUGAUAAUUUACCUCCCUUAUCUUCUCUUUCAGUUACAUUUCCCAAUUGAGUUCCCAUUAUUGACACAGCCACACAUCAAAUUGGAAAGAGGAGCAUGCUGCAUUUUAACUUUCAUUUGCACUCGCAUUAAAACCCUGAGGUUGACGCUUUUGAGUUUAUACCAGGCACUUUGAAAUAUGGGAACAGGAGGUCUCAUUUACCUGACGUAUUGAAGUGUACUGAAGCAUGGCUUUGAUUUUUUUUUUUUGUGUGGUCUUUUUCCCCUUGAUUGGGUUCUGCAAAACUAAUGCUUAUUUUUUUUUUUUUUUUUUUUAAUUCUUUUUUUUUUUUUAGAAUAAAACAGUAAAAAUGGUGUGACACUAUUUAAAGAUUUUUAAAAUUCUGUUAACCAGUAAUUCUAGUUUUGUGUACUUAACUGUGCUCAGCUUGAAACUAUAACGUCAUUUUAAAGGAAGGGAAGGGUUAAUAAUGUUUUAAAUUCUGUAUACAGUAUAAAAUGUAUACAUUGUAAUUUAAUGAUUUUCUUUUGUGGCUCCAAACUCAGGUAUGUUACAUACAAUUUACAGCAUGGAAUGUGAAGCAAGGUGUUUCGUUUUUACCAGCACAAAACUCAUGAACUAAUUUCUGCUCCAUGCUCAAUAUCAGUUUAGUUUUGUUAUGAAGUCAAAAUGAACACAAGCUGUGCACAAGUACAAUGGUUGUUCAGUUUGAGCAUAGUAAGUAUUUGUGAAGCAAAAAUUACCCAGUACUAGCAUGAACAUUUGAGAAACUUUUAAAACAAAAACAAAACACAAAAAAAGAAAAUAUGUACUAGAAAUAUGUUAAAAUGAAAUGUAUUCUGUUGUAUUUUGACAGAAUUAUUUUUAUUAAAAUACACAGUCAUGUGCUAA